AUGAGCAGUUCUUCUAUUCUUCACCCUAUAACUGAAGGUUUGGAGUAUCUAAUAAAACAAGGGUAUGAUCAUAAAGUUCAAGUAGCGUUAGUAGCAUUCAAAUUUGCAUGUUACCUUGUCGACCACGUGGCUGUUGUAUUUUUACAUUUUAAAUUCUUUAUCUUUGCUGUUGAACGAUGGUACGCUAUUAACAAGAAGGGGAAGGCUUCUGACAACAGUGUUGUUGCUCUGUCAAUUCUGGGCGGAUUGGUAAGUAAUAUAUAUUGUAAAGCCUAGGUGUUGAGGGCAAUAUAGACUUUUUAUAAUUUAUUAAAAUUAAAAAAAAAAUUUUUAGUAAAAGUAAAAUACGCAAGAGACAAUAUUGUUUACAAUUUUUAUUGUUUUAGAUCACAUUCAUAUCGUUAGAAGUAUUGUUGAAAGCGUGGUUGUUUUGGAAGUUUGACACUGUCGAUCAAGUCGGUGUUCGACUGAAAAAAGGAUUCGCUGUAACUGCAUCAGCUUCAUUUCUUGGUGCUUCUUACAUUGUUUUUAGUUUUUCUUUGGCAGUUGGGAUAUUGGUAAAAAUUUAA